CCUGGGAAGCAGCUCCCAUCCCAAUGGGUGUCACUUUACUCAUGCAAUAAUGUAUCAGCACCUGGAUACUUGUUGCUUCAAGUUCCAAAACAAUGAGAGGUGUGGGAAACUGUUAUUAACCCUGCCCAGAAACACAAACUGGAGAAUUCAUUGCCUCAGCAAAUCAUUAUUUCUCUUUCAGUCCUCACCCCCAGCCUUCUUCCCCUCCCCCUCUUGCUCCACAGUCUCCCAAAACUAGAUCUCAAGGUCACCGAGUUCAGUCAAUGGAGGAGGGAGUGAAACAACUCAAGGUUUUAGUCUGAAUUGUAAAGUCCAAGGUGCUGAAUUUACCAGUGUGGUAAUGACUGUCCAACUCCUCUGGUAAUUAAAACCUGGAGCAAAUUUAUUGCCUCAAAGGCACCAGAGCCACUGAAUUUCCCCCGAACCUUAAUAAGACAUGGGUUUGAAAGAUUCUUCUCCAAAAACCUUUGAAAGUCUUUAAACAAAGGGUGAUUGGUUUGCUUUAACUGGAGUGCUUUAAUUGUGUCAUCCGGCAUGGCAGGAUGGGGUUGAGCUGGGUGGCCCUUGGGGUCUCUUUCAACUCUAUUAUUCUAUGACUUCAGCACCGUGCUUUCCCCAUCUGUCGUUGAGACAUCUCAAGUUUAGACUGAAAUGGGUGUGCUUGGAACAACAACCUGAUCACCUCCCAUUCUCAGCUUGAUGGCAGCAGGUUUUGACACAUGACUGCUGAGUCAAGCAGCAAUAUAUAGAGGUGGUACUAUUAAUCAUUGGUUAAUCUCUGAUAGGUGUUCCAGCAGAGCUGCCGCUACUCCUUCGCUUAGUGUCUUGGAAGGUGUCAUCUUUCUCUAUUCCAACGCCUGAUGUCCUCGUAUUUCAGAACUCAAGAUAUGGACAAAAAAGCUGCUGCCACCCUGUUCUUCACAUUGUCUUUUUUUCAAAUAGCUUUGUGCCAGCAAACAGGCCUCCAGUGUUACAAAUGUAAGUUCGACCAGCCCUGCUCAGAUGCAUCAUCUGUGGUGAACUGUCAAGAAGGAGAAGUUUGUGGCUUCAUAAAGGGAAACUCAGAGUCCAAAGUCCAUGAGCCUAUCUUUGGAAUGGGCUGUGUCACAGAGACAAAAUGCAGCAGCGAUGAGAAGAUUAUUCAUUCCAGCAACCCAUUUCGGGUCACCUAUUCCUGCUGCAACACCAAUUACUGCAACAACGGCAUGUCUAGAUUCUACGCUGCUUCAAGAACUCACCUCACCUUGCUCUUUGUGGCCACUCUCUCCACCAUCCUAUUGACUUUCCUGAGUGCCUAAUUCACCUGUUUUGUGAGAAAUAUGUCCCCUCCCCAGCCUUGUCAGUAACUGGAUCCUCAAACACAUACAUACACACACAUGCCUUUGGACUGAAACUCAGCAGAGAUGGGAACUCCAUGGAAGGAGCAGGUAGAAAGUAGAUCUGGGCAGCUUCGGAGUAACAGUUAGGAGUAGCAUUCAUAGCCCUUUUUGUGGGCUUUCCUAUCAGGUUGACCACUGUGUGAAACAGAAAAAUGGGUCACCAGUUAGGCCUUCAGUCUGACACAGCAUGGCACUUUUUCCAUUCUUAAGCUACUACUGUCAUAACCUUUCUCAACCGUGGGUUUCCAUAACUUGGUACAGCUGCACUACCACCCAGCCAAUGGGAUCAAAGGUCAAGGAUAGUGGGAAUUGUGAUCUACCAAUACGGCAUGGACUGUAGCUGGGCAAAAUUUCCAGUUUCCUGUCUGCAACAUGAAACCACUUAAUAAUGUGGCACGAUUGCAAAGAUUCAUGAUCAGAGUGUCCAGCUGUGGAGAUGUCAAAGGAAUACAACCUCCACAGUGUUUGACUAUGUGACUGAUGAGGCUGGAAGUCAUCCAAACCUAGACAGCCACAGGAUCCACAUCACUGAGGUUAGCAAAGUGUUCUUAGAUGUGCAUUAAACAUGUUAAGUAUUGUUA